CGCUCCCCGCGUGUGUGUGCCCGCCCCGCCCGCGCCCCCACGCCCGCACCCGCGCCCCGCCACGCCCGCCCCGCCGCGCCGCCCCCCCGCCGCGCCGCCCCGCCCCGACUCUCUAACAUUGGCCGGGUAAUUGUGUGUCUGGAUGGCAACCACUGACUGUUUGAAAUGGCGAGGGGAGGCAGGCGCGUGUGUGUAUUGAGAAGCUGGAGCAAGGACACCUGUAGUUAGCAGUGGAGUGUACCUGCUGACUGCCUGCUGAGUGGCUGAGGUUGUCCAGCGGCCACACCACCUCUCAUAGUCAGCAGAGGGAGGAGAGUGCACCAGCUUCAUCUUUGCUCCUGUUACACCACUCAAGGUCCUCAGUGGCUGGUGUGUGCGUAUGUAUGUGUGUGUACCCUCAAAGCCGUCGGUUGUGAAAUGUGCGCGAGAAAGCUGAAUCCCUUGUAGUUGUGUGUGUUUGUGAGUGUGUGGACCUUUGAGUGAGUUUAAGAGACAGAGAGAGAAUGAGUGAGUGAAAAAAGAAUUGCAAGAAAGAAGCAGAAAAAGAAGAGAGAAACAGCAUUAAAAUAGGUAAAGAAGAAGAGGAGAAGACAAGCAUCAAACACAGUGAAGAAGAAAAAGAGGAGGAAGAAGAAAGUUGACUGGAGAAAAAAUAAAAAAGGACUAAGAAGAGCAGUGUUUUGAGGAGGAGAGGAAGAGGAAGAAGAGCUGUGAGAAGAGUACAAAAACAAGAGGAAGGAAGAAGAGGCUGAGGAAGAAGGGAGCUCUUAGAAGAGAAGGAAGAGGAGUGUUGUGGCUUGCCUGGUGUGUGGUCAUGCACCAAAAUGGACAUUCCUCUUGACCUGAAGCUGUUCAUGAACAAUGCCACACAGAAGGUGUACAAGUGUGACCAGUGCAAUGCCUCCUACAGUGACAAGUCCUACUUCGACCUACACAAGCAGACCCACCAGAAGACAGGAGGGAACAGUGGUGGAGCGGGUGGCGACGGCGGGGGUGGAGGGAGCACGGAUGAGGGCGGCAGCAAUGGCGAGGGUGGCGGCGGGGCGGAGGAGCUGCCCACCACGGUGCAGAUAGUGAUGCCCGCACCGGCACACCAGCAGGACCAGGUGUUGCAGCAGGACCAGCAGCAGCAGCUCACGGCCUACAAGCGUGCCUAUGGGGGAGAGCUGCACCAGAUAUACGAGAUCGCCCCGUCAACGCGGUACCAAGUGGUGACCUCCGGCACCCCCCACGUGCUGACGGCUGUGACCUUGGCCUCCCUGCCCAGCCAGGUCACCACGCUGCCGAACUACACCAGCACGCCCACCUAUGUGCUGGCCGAACAGGCGCUGCCGCAGGGAAUCACCGCCGUCACCGCCGCCGCCCCGGGCCAGCGAACCGCCACCUUGACCUCCUUGCACCAGGACCACCACCACCACCACCAGGACCACCAGCAGCAGCAAGUUACUGUACAGCAACAACAGCAACAGCAGGCCACCAUACAGCAGGUCACUGUACAACAACAACAGCAGCAGCAGACCACAGUCCAGCACCACACCCAGCAGCAGCAACAACAGCCUCAGCAGCAGCAGCAGCAGCAGCGGCUGGUGAUCGCGCUGGAGCCCAAGGAGCGGCCGUACAAGUGUGACCAGUGCACGGCCUCGUUCAUCGACCCCGGGGAGCUGGCGGAGCACAAGAAGAAGCACAGCGGGGACGGACCCUUCACCUGCGAGGACUGCCACUUCACCUUCAUGUACAAGAGUCACUUCCGCAGCCACAAGACUCGCUGCCUCAAGAAGCGCGCCCUCAUGCCCCACGCCCCCAAGCCCAUCCUCAACCCCGGCCCCAUCAAGCGGCAGUUCCCCACACACCACAACAAGACACACAACCAACACCACCACAACCAGCACCAACAGCAGCAACAACAACAGCAACAGCAGCAGCAACAGCAGCAGCAGCAGCAGCAACAGCAGCAACAGCAGGCCAUCACCACCCCCACCACCCAGCACCACCACCACACCUCCAACAACACUCGCAGCAGCAGCCGGGUGGGCAGCCACCACAACACCAGGCAGUCUGGGGGCUCUGGGGGCGGCAGCAGUGGUGGCAACGCAGCCACUGCCACCUCCUUCAACCCCAACAACCCGUCGUUCAAGCGUCAGCGCAAGGAGCAGCGUCAGGACCGGCCAUUCGAGUGCAGCGACUGUGACGCAUCCUUCCAGACGGCUCAGGACCUGCAGACCCACAAGGCCAAGCACACCGGCGAGGGGCCCUUCAAGUGUGAGGAGUGUCGCUUUGUCUUCCUCUACCGCAAGCUGUACGAGGCUCACCGCCGCCGCUGUGAGAAGAAACGCAAGGACCCCCAGCAGGUGCAACAACAACAGCCGCAGCAACAACAAUCUCAGCAGCAGCCACAGCUGGUGCAGAUACAAAGCCAGGCCUUGCAGCAGCAGCAGCAAGUGUCAGUAUCAGCAGGAGGUGCUGGCCAAGCCCAGGUGGUGCAGACUGCUUCAGGCCAGCAGGUACAGAUCCAUGGUGGGCGAGCCACCUUGUCUGGCACACCAACCACUGUGCAGCUGUCCGGCCCCAUACAGAUCCAGACCAUGGCGGGCCACCCCCAGCAUGCUGCCGUGAUAGACAUGCGCUCCCUCCAGCAGCAGAGUGGCCAGGGGGGCCAGGGGGGGCAGACGGUGCAACACCUGCAGCACCCAACACUCAUAGAGCAGGUGAUCCACGUGACGCAGGUGCCCAGCGGCUCCCUGGGCGGCGGGCGGCAGGAGAUCAAGUACGACCUUGUGCCUGCCACAGUGGACGUGGCCGACGUCAACCAGAUAAUGAACCUCAUCAAGGUGAAGGGACACCCACAGUAGUGUUGGCCACGGGAUGUGUGGAGACACCCAGACCAGUAGUGUGGCAGUGAUGAGAAACACAGCAGUGGUGGUGGUGGUGGACAACACCCUCAGAACACUAGACAGACCCCUCAAAGUGAUGUUAUAUAGUGGUGAAUAGUGCAAAUGUGAUGGUGGUGAUGAGCCUCCAUUGCCUUCCCCCUGCUUCGCCCACACCCGCACAGGACAUGUACAGGAGUGUGUACCGUUUUAAACAUGUUCAUGUGUGCGUGUGUGUAGCAGCUGGGAUCGACCACACACAGAUAACAAAACUGUUUCCGUCUACACAUUUAUCGAAAGAAAACUCGGUACUGGACUUGAGAAGACACACAUAAUAGUGUUAAAAAUUAUGAUGGUAGCGGAUAAUGGUAACAGUAAUGAUAACAACUGAAGAAAAUGUUUGAUGCGACUCAGAAGAAAACAAACUGUUAAAUAAUUUGUUUACCUCCGAUGGUGGCUGCCCUUGCCCUCCCCUCCCCCCCUACCCUGCCCUUAAAAAUCCCCCUCUAACUCCCCGCCCCUUUAUCAGUGCCAGGAUAUAUGCAGCAAUCACAGCAGUGCCACAGCGUCGGGCACUCCACAGCCACAUUAGUCUAUUUUUUUUAUUGUUCCUUAACAUGUAAGUUACGUUAAGACGAGUAAAGACCAGAAAGUAA